GUCAGCCUAAUAACAUAACUGCUGCCUAAAAUAUAAUAACUACUGGUUGUUGCUUAAUAACAUAAUAAUUGCAGGCUAAUAUAAUAUAGUAACAAUAAUAAUUAGGGGUGUAGCAAAAAGUUGAUAGUUUGAUUUACAACUUUGUUGAGUGGGGAUACAUAUGACAUAUAGGUUUUUCCUAAAAAUCACAUCUGUUGUAAUGAUUUACCUUUCUCUUUUUAUGAAAUAGGAAUGAGCCAAUGACUAAAUGCUACUCUGUUUUGCAGGCUCUUCUUGAGUGUCAAGGUGACUCCAUAGAUUUGAGUGGUGAUAUGGGAGCUGUAGGGCGGAUUAUUAUCUCAGAUUCCCUUUCCGGGGAUCCGGAAAUGUGCUUAGAUUUGAAAGGAACAGUCUACAAAACAUCUAUAGUUCCUUGCCGGACGUUUUGCGUUGUUAGCUUUGGGCAGUCAGAGGCAAAUAUAGAGGCCAUCAUGAAUGACUUCGUACAGCUGAAUCCACCGUCUGAUGUUUAUGAAGCCGAAACUAUGGUUGAAGGGACAUUGGAUGGUUUUUCCUUUGAUUCUGAUGAGGAAGCUGGCAAGAAUCAGAAAACCACCCAUCCAUCUGAUCAAAAUGAGAACGCCGAGGAACAGACACCUGGUAAAUCUAAACGGAAGGCAGACAAAACAUCAGGUGCUGAAAAGAAAAGAGGUAGAAGUACCGGCGGAAAAUCACAGUCAAAGAUAUCCAAGAAAAAAGCUCCUAGUUCCAAGAGAGCAAAAACUAAGAAAUGAGUCACAGAAGGUACCUUUUACUU